GCGUCCGUGCGGCCUGGUCCGGGCCGUGUCCGCGUGAGGACGCCGCCGCCGCCGCCGCCGCCGCCCCCCCAUCCUCGGCCUGGCCCGCCGUGCACCAUGGGCUCCAUCCUGAGCCGCCGCAUCGCGGGCGUGGAGGACAUCGACAUCCAAGCGAACUCGGCCUAUCGCUACCCCCCAAAGUCCGGAAACUACUUCGCAUCACACUUUUUCAUGGGAGGUGAGAAAUUCGACACCCCCCACCCCGAAGGUUACCUCUUUGGAGAGAACAUGGACCUGAACUUCCUGGGCAAUCGCCCAGUCCAGUUCCCUUAUGUCACGCCCGCACCCCACGAGCCCGUGAAGACGCUGAGAAGCCUGGUGAACAUCCGCAAAGACUCCCUCCGGCUCGUGAGGUACAAGGACGGUGCCGACAGCCCCACUGAGGACGGCGAGAAGCCCCGCGUCCUCUACAGCCUGGAGUUCACCUUCGACGCCGACGCCCGGGUGGCCAUCACCGUCUACUGCCAGGCAGUGGAGGAGUUCCUGAACGGGACUGCAGCGUACAGCCCCAAGAGCCCAGCCCUGCAGUCCGAGACCGUCCACUACAAGCGCGGCGUGAGCCAGCAGUUCUCCCUGCCCUCCUUCAAGAUCGACUUCUCGGAGUGGAAGGAUGACGAGCUGAACUUUGACCUGGACCGGGGCGUGUUUCCAGUGGUCAUCCAGGCCAUGGUGGACGAGGGGGACGUCGUGGAAGUGACUGGCCACGCCCACGUGCUCUUGGCCGCCUUUGAAAAGCACAUGGACGGCAGCUUCUCCGUGAAGCCUUUAAAGCAGAAGCAAAUCGUGGACCGGGUUAGCUACUUGCUGCAGGAGAUCUAUGGCAUCGAGAACAAGAACAACCAGGAGACCAAGCCCUCGGACGAGGAGAACAGUGACAACAGCAGCGAGUGCGUGGUGUGCCUGUCCGACCUGCGGGACACGCUCAUCCUGCCCUGCCGCCACCUGUGCCUCUGCAACUCCUGCGCCGACACGCUGCGCUACCAGGCCAGCAACUGCCCCAUCUGCCGGCUGCCGUUCCGGGCUCUUCUGCAGAUCCGGGCGGUGCGCAAGAAGCCGGGGGCCCUGUCCCCCAUCUCCUUCAGCCCCGUUUUGGCCCAGAGCAUGGACCACGACGAGCAUUCUUGUCCCUUUAAAAAAUCAAAGUCGCACCCCGCCUCACUGGCCAGCAAGAAACCUAAAAGGGAAACAAGUGCCGACAGCAUCCCGCCCGGCUAUGAGCCCAUCUCCUUGCUUGAGGCACUCAAUGGCCUUCGGGCGGUGCCCCCGGCUGGCCCCCCGGCCGUCCCCACGGCUCCCCUCUACGAGGAGAUCACUUACUCAGGCGUCUCGGACGGCUUGUCACAGGCCAGCUGCCCACUUGCCGGGAUCGAUCGGAGGGUUGAAAGCAGCCUGCAGAAGGGCAAACCCCGGAGCAAGUCCCCCGACAGCACCCUCCGGUCCCCAUCGUCCCCCAUCCACGAGGAGGACGACUCGGAGGCUCUGCCCCCUCCUGGUGGGGCGGGGCUGGCGCUCAGCAGCUCCCCUGAGAGCUUUGUGACGGAGACGGUGGAUGAGACUUCGUCGGUGAAGCAGGGGAGCCGCGUGCCGUCCAUCGAGAACGUCCUGCAGGAUGGCAGCCCUGAGCCCUGCGGCCGCAGCCAGCCCGGCGCACCUGCCGACGUCUACCUGCCAGCCCUGGGGCCCGGCUCCUGCUCCGCUGGUUUAGAGGAGUAAGCCGGAUGGUCCACCUCCAUGGAGACGCCCCGCAGCCUCCACGCCACUGGGCACCCCCGGCCACCGCUUGGCGGCCCCAGCCCCGACCCCAGGGCCGCUGAGCUGACCCCGCUCUGAGAGUUGGGCCCGCCUGGCAGCAUGGAGCCCCCAGCUCCGCUGAGACCCCAGCGCGACCCUGGCUCCUCCAAUCUGCACGGCGGUGUGGUUCCUGGCUCCCAGGGGCCGUGUGACUGUCGCCUCCACCAACCCCCCUUUUCUGUGGUCGACGUGUUUGCCGAUGGUGCACAAUGAAGGACGGCGGCUUUCUGCUCCGGGCGCCGAGCUCCGGGGCACCCCUCACACACCCUGGGGGGCUGGUCGCCCACGAGAAGCCUGGAUGGGCCUCCACAGCCCCCAAGCCCUUGAGGGGCCCGUCAGCGCCAGUGAACGCGGCACAGGGGAGAAUUCGGUGGCGGACCAAGCACAGCUGCGACAGGAAAUGCCACAGGACUCUGGGAGGGAAGGAAGCGGGAUCCGAGUCUCAGCCAAUGAAGGAAACAGUGCCUGUUCCGCCACCGUGCGUGUGGCCUCCCCCUCCCCACUGGCCCCGUGGGCACCUCCCUCAGCUCGGCCGGCCGGGCAGCCAGACCCGCCAUGGGCCCGGCCACUGGCAGUGGUUCUGUCCGGGCCCUUCUCUGAGCCUGGCGCCUUCUCAGAGGCAGCCUCGCCCACCUUACUGGGCCCUCCAGGUGGGGGCUGCAUGUGCCAGGGGCACUGCUGCUCCCCUGUCCCCCCGGGGGGGCGUGACAGGCCUCUGGGCUUCUCUGCUCGCUCUGCCAUGUAGACCUGACUCACCGUCCCUCCUUGAUUUCUUCAGUUUGGGGCUCCUGUGGUGGGACCUGCCUGGGGGUUGUGGGUCCCAUCUGAGGUGACCUCAUCUUUUAAAGAUACGUUUUCUGGGCAGCGGAAAGGCCGAGGGGGCGCUUGGCCUUGGUGCCCCGGACCAGCUGCCCAUGCAGGGCCUUGAGCCUGGCGGGUGGGUCUCAGCACCCAGGAGCUGACCCUCAGCCAGCAAGAGAGGGCCCGGCUCCCUUCAGAGCUGCCCCAGGGAGCACGGUCCUGGGGCAGCUGGCAGCCCCGCCUGGGGCCCUCGGGGUGGACGCCCCCUUUUCUCUCCGGUCCAGCCUGUGAGCAGAGGCCACGGCUGGGGCAGCCUGCCCCAGCCCCUUGGCUCCCUGCGUGCCCUCCCCUCUCAGCCACCGUGUGCUCCUGGGCGCACACGCGGCGAUGCACACACACGCACACCUGCACACAGGCGGGGAGGCCGUGUCCCGCUGCCCACUCCUCUCGCGGUCAGCACCCCAACCUCGCACCAUCUGUGUUGGUGUCCGUGAUUCUGCAGGACAGGGUGCAGACUGGCCUGUCUUGGACUCACACGUGCUGUCACUUGACGUACUCUGAUUGGCUAGUUUUUGUCCAUUUUUACUGUAUAUUUAUAGUAAUAAAACCACGCAGCAGUG